AUGUGCAACUACAUCCUCAACGUCACCAAGUGCCGCCAGUGCGGCCGCACCAUCAGCUCAUCCCAGUCCGACUUUGUCUACUGCCCGUCUUACAAGAACGGCAUCAGAUGCCAAACCAUCCAGCGCGACUGCCGCACUCAGCUGAGCGCCUACCACCUUGAGCCUACUGUCAAUGGCCCUGACAUCUUCGGCGAUAAGGAGUUUAGUUCCGACUCUGAGGAUGGCUUUGCUCCAUCUCAGUAG